AUGUCGGCCCCAGAAAAGAAACAAGAAGCGGACUUCACCUCCGAAGUCGAUAGCCUUAUCCCUGAAACUCAAUCUCUCGCUUCCUCCUCCCAGCUCCCUCUUGCCCUCGAGAAGGUCUUCGCACUCGAAAAGAAAUCUCGUAAUGCAGCCGAUCUAAACUCCACCACUCGGCUUCUCCUUCUCGCUAUCCUCCUGGUCCGCAAUACUCCCUCUCCGGCGAAGACAAACUGGGACCUGUUCGCGAUGACGGUGACUAGUCUGUCUAAAAAGCACGGACAACUGAAGAUGGCGACCACGAGAAUGGUUCAGUUGGUAAUGUGCUUUUUGUACCCUGCAGUUGAUCCGGAAGAGGAGAGGAGGAAGGAGCAAGAGCUUAAAGAUGAGGAGAUGAAGGAUCUUGCGGAGGAGAAAGCGAGAAAGGAUGCUGAAAAACAGGCGAAGAAGGAGAAAGAGGAGGGGAAGAAAGAGUCCAAGGAAGCUCAAGAUGCAAGGAAGCGUCAAGAAGCUGCGGAGGAGAGGAAGAAGGAGAAGGUUGGUGCGCAAAACGCAAAGGUGUUGGAACUUAUGGAUGCAGGAAAGAGGAUUGGAGAUGAGGGGGUGACGGAGGAACAGAGGAUGAAGAUUGUUGAGUUGUUGAGGACGGUUACGGAGGGAAAGAUCUUUGUUGAGGUUGAGAGGGCUAGAGUUACCCUACUCCUCUCCAAAAUGCUUUAUACCAAAGGGAAGGUGAAUGAGGCUGCGAAUGCGUUGCAAGAUCUCGCCGUCGAGACAUUCGGUAGCAUGGAUAGGCGGGAGAAAGCCGAGUUCAUCUUGGAACAGAUGCGUUUGAACUACGAACGUAACGAUCUAGCCAAAAUGGCUAUCGUCAGCAAGAAGAUCAACACAAAACUCUUCGACAACCCCAAGCAUCACGAUCUCAAGUUGCGAUACUACGAGUUGAUGAUUGAGUAUGCGCUGCGCGAAGACAAGUUCCUCGAUAUUUGCAAGUACUAUCGCGAGAUCUACGAUACCGAUAUGGUCAAAAAUGAUGAAGAGAAGCGAAGGGAGGCGUUGCGAAACGUUGUCGUUUUCCUUGCGCUGGCGAAGUUCGAUAACGAACAGAGCGACUUGAUGGCGAGAGUUGAGGCAAUGGAAGAGCUAGAUCAGGUACCCGAGCACAAGAACCUGCUCAAAUGCUUUACUACGCCAGAAUUGAUGCGUUGGCCUGGAAUCGAAACUCUCUACGGACCUCUCCUUCGUCAAUCACCCACUUUCAACCCGGCUUCGAAACCCAAGAUCGCCCCUAGCAAGGAAGGCGAGAAGCCCAAAGAAGGUAACCAUCGCUGGGAAGAACUUCAUAAACGUGUUGUCGAGCACAACAUCAGGGUCAUUUCCCAAUAUUACACUCGAAUCACUCUCAAGCGUCUUUCCGAGUUGUUGGACCUCUCGCCAGCACAAUCGGAGUCUUCGUUGGCGGACCUGGUAAGCUCAGGUACAAUCUUUGCUAAGAUGGAUCGCCCAUCAGGAUUGGUCAACUUUGAAAAGAAAAAAAGCAAUGCAGAUGUGCUCAACGAUUGGAGUGCGGAUACGAACAAGUUGAUGGCUACGGUGGAAAAGGUUACUCAUUUGGUUGAGAAGGAGUGGGCUAUUCACCGUGCCGGGAUCAGGGGGCAGUGA